UAAUUUGCAGAAAGACAUUUUACAUCAAAUUCAACCCCUAACAGCGAAAAAGUGGGGUUGAAGAGCUGCGAGAGCGAUAUUCGAUUGCGAAAGCUUUUGCAAUACGGAUUCAGACUCUCUUUUGAACAUUAUAUUCGAAAGUAUGGAUGUGAAAUAUCGGAUCUAAAUUUAAAAAAAGUAUUGGUGUCAUCAACUGACAAUGAAAAAUCAAAUUGCUUGAAGUUAAGCUAAAUGAAAGAAGAAUAAUUUGAUAAUCCUAUGCCAUUUGCGAUAUUCUGCUAUAAAAGAAUGUACCGCAUGGCUUACAAUCGGCAGUCUCUUUACAGUCCCCGUCAGAUGCGAAGUAACCGGAACAACAAUUCGUCAGUCGUAAAUAAAAAUAACAGAUCUUAAUUGUUUAUAAAAAUGAAAGGGCAAAUUGCAUUAUUUAUCUUGUGCGAGUACGUGUUAUUCUCAAAAGUUAUGAGCCUAGCUCCGCCUUCUUUGAAGUAUUUACCGCCUGGAAAUAUUGGUGUUCCCUCUCGCCAAUAUUUGGCAUCUGAUCGAGACAGAAACUUGCACUAUAAGAGAGUGAAUGAAGCGCCGAGUGUUACAGAAUACGAACGUGGUACUGGUAGUGGACGAACAAGAUAUGUUGCAACAAAGCAUAUACAGGUACCUAUCGUCAGACAGGACUACGUAAGCGAUUCAAGCGGAAAUUAUAAUUUUGGAUUCGAAACUGCAAAUGGUAUUCAACGCGUUGAAUCGGGGGAUAUUUAUAACAAACCGCAAAGCUCACUAAACGUGGAAGGUUCAUAUUCUUACACAGGAGAUGACGGUCGUACAUAUACCGUUAAAUACAGAGCUGAUGAAAAUGGAUUUCAUGCAGAAGGUGAUCAUUUACCAACGCCUCCGCCCUCACAUAACCAGAAUGGUGUAGAAGGAACUUUCUCUAGCAGUGGUUCUCAAAACAAAGCCAAUGUUUACUCACCCUCGAUACAAUAUCUACCACCUCAGCGUUUUUAUUCGAAGCGGCAUUAGAAAGAUAUUAUUGAAAGUGUUUUUUUUAUAUUUUUUUGAGAUGGCUGGUCAUCCAAAAUUAGUAUCAUAUUCAUAUUUAUAAAUAUAUAUAUAUGUGUAGCGUAA